AUGACGACCAAUCAUUUAGACGUUUCCGAAGUCGAUAGCUAUGACUAUCUCAUUGUGGGAGGUGGUACAGCAGGCUGUGUGAUUGCAUCCCGCCUGGCCGAAUACCUCCCUCAGAAAAAGAUCCUGUUGAUAGAAGCCGGCCCCAGCGAUUUUAUGGAUGACCGCGUCCUGGAUCUCAAACAAUGGCUCAGCCUUCUUGGUGGAGAACUCGACUAUGACUAUGGCACCACCGAGCAACCAAUGGGCAAUUCUCACAUCAGGCAUUCUCGUGCCAAAGUCUUGGGCGGUUGUUCCAGUCACAACACACUCAUCUCCUUCCGGCCCUUUGAAUAUGACUGCAAGAUCUGGGAGUCCAUGGGCGCCAAAGGCUGGACCUUCCCUAUGUUUAUGCGUGUGUUGAACAAGCUUCGAAACACGGUCCAACCGGUCCAUGCCCGCCACCGAAAUCAGUUGUGCAAAGACUGGGUCCAGUCCUGCAGUACCGCCAUGAACAUCCCAAUCGUACACGAUUUCAAUGCACACAUCGCCGCGACUGGCUCGUUGAGAGAGUGUGUGGGCUUUUUCUCUGUCAGCUAUAAUCCUGAUGAUGGUCGGAGAUCCAGUGCCAGUGUGGCCUACAUCCAUCCGAUUCUCCGCGGCGAGGAACACAGACCCAACCUCAAGAUUCUGACCAAUGCCUGGGUCUCCCGGAUCAAUGUUCGCGACGAUACAGUGACAGGCAUCAACAUCACACUCCAGUCAGGCCAAAAAUUUACUCUCACGGCACGGACUGAAACCAUCCUCUGCGCUGGCGCCAUCGACACGCCCCGUCUCAUGCUCCUCUCCGGUCUGGGCCCGGCACAAGAACUCUCCUCUCUCUCCAUCCCCGUGGUGAAGAACAUUCCCGGCGUAGGGGAAAAUCUGCUCGACCACCCGGAAACGAUCAUCAUUUGGGAGCUCAACCAACCCGUCCCACCAAAUCAAACGACCAUGGACUCCGACGCCGGCAUCUUUCUGCGGCGCGAAGUUCCUAACGCGGCAGGAAAGAAAUCCACACCUACCAAUCCGGCCGCACUUCCGGAUGGAAGCAUCGCAGACGUAAUGAUGCACUGCUAUCAGAUUCCGUUCUGCUUGAACACGACGAGAUUGGGAUAUGACACUCCGAUCAAUGCAUUUUGCAUGACUCCAAACAUCCCUCGCCCUCGAUCUCGAGGGAAACUAUAUCUCACUUCCUCCGAUCCAAACGUCAAGCCAGCAUUAGAUUUCCGCUACUUCACAGACCCCGAGGGCUACGACGCUGCCACCUUCGUCUUUGGACUCAAAGCUGCGCGCCGGAUUGCUCAGCAAUCCCCUUUCAAAGAAUGGAUCAAGCGAGAAGUGGCCCCCGGACCGCAAAUCCAAUCGGACGAAGCGUUGUCCGAGUAUGCGAGAAAAGUCGCCCAUACAGUCUACCAUCCCGCGGGCACCACCAAGAUUGGAGACGUGGUCAAAGACGAGAUGGCAGUGGUUGAUGAGAAUCUGAAGGUGAGGGGACUCAAAGGGUUGAGAAUCGCGGAUGCGGGCGUGUUCCCGGCCAUGACGACCAUCAAUCCGAUGUUGACAGUGCUAGGGGUUGGGGAGAGAUGUGCGGAGUUGGUUGCUAUGGAGGCAGGCUGGAAGUUGAAGGAGGUGGAAAAGAGUGGACUGGGCUGGGCAAAUGACAAGAGUCUCAGACCCAGACUCUAA